AUGAUGAAGCUCGCACCGUCGCUCAAGGCGCUCAUCAACGCGCCGCAUUCGCGGCCGGGCCCGACAUCGGCGCCGGCACACAUUGCCGAGGUAUACCGGGCAGUGGCACGUGACGCGGCCAAGCACAACGUGGGCAACCAGCCAUGGAUCACGAUUUCGGCGGCGGCAACGAUCACGCUGAACUCGCCGGCGUCGCUGUCGGUGCUGCACGGCGUGGCAACCGACGAGACGACGGCAUCGGCGAGCGGCAGGUCUGAGAAUCCCAUCGCGGCGGCCGAGCUGAUCCGCGAGGUCGGGCUCAAGUGCAUCGGCUUCAACGGGAUCCCGCGCACGAUCAACGUGCUGGGGGCAUUCCGGACGGCGCUGUCGGCGGACGUGGUGGCCGGACUGGCGACGCAGAGCACGCGGACGCCGACCCCUGAAACGCUGGCGGCCAUCAGCGCGCGCGGGCUGACGCUCUGGCGAUCCGUCUACGCUGGCGUCGACCAGAAGCUGCUCGACAAGCUGGCCGAGUCGCAUCCGGACCUGCCGGUGCACAUUCUCAACUCGCACUACGGCCCCCUCUUCACCGAUCCGCCGCACCACGGCGACGGUGGCCUCGCCAACGUCGGACGCGCCCUCACAAGCCUCGUCGGUAUCACGUGUCUGCGUGCUCAGCAGGGCGUUGGCCCCCAGGUGCUCUCGCACGUCUUCGGCCUCCGCAAGGCCAUCGCUGACGGCUCCUGGAAGCCGGCCGGCACCGGCGCCGACGCCCUCGAGCAGGUCCGCGGUGUCGACUGGCUCGCCACCGACGACGGAAGCGAGUGGAUUUUGCGCACCGUCGACACCAUCGUCGAUGCCCUCGGCGGCUCCAACUUUGCCGGUGCGAAACUGUAG